AUUUUAUCUAAAAUAUGAUACAAUAAUACCUGAAAUCACCCCUACCUAGGCAAGCAAGUUCGCCACAAUCAAAACUAAUCUGGGAGGAAGAUCGGGGGACGGCGGUUUUGUUUCGGCCAUGAAAGACGAUUACGAGGUUGAAGAAAAAAAACAAGCUGCUGCUGAUGUUCUGUUUCAAUAUUCAAAAUUCGUGAUGGCAUGUAUUGGAAAUCAAGUUCGGCCUUGUGACUUAAGGUUGCAUUUAAUGAAGGAAAUUUCUGGCAUGCCAACUUCUCUGAAGAGGGAGUCAUCCCAAACAGCAGCUUCUCCUGAUGCUAUGGGUGAAUCAUCAAGUUCAGGGACAGCUAGACUUGAUAAGGCAGAUAGUUUCCGGGGAACCAUGGAUUAUAGCCUAAAACAAACUUAGUUGCAGGUUCGGUUGUUUGUAGGCUGCCAUGGCCAUCUUGUCCUUCUUGCCUUUUGUCCUGGUGUUUAUUUGUUUAUUUACCCUUUUCAUUUGUACGUGAAUUGUGUUCCUCUUCUGAUCUUGGAUAAAUGCAAUGUGAUCUAGAAAACUAUAUAUUCUUAUCCUUGAUUAUAUAUAUAUUGAAUGCUUAGGCCAUGAGUUAUCAUUUCUAAA